AAACAAAUCCAUAUACGAUUACCAACAAAUAAACCCUCCCACCUCUUCACAUAAUCCUUGUUCAGCUUGAAGAACAAUCACGACUCUAGCUUCGGCGCCACCUUCACAGGAGACGGUUCUUGUUCCGGCGGUAACCAACUUCCGAUUUUCUACUAACAAUCAGAAGAAUGCCUAAAGUGAAGACAAACCGUGUUAAAUACCCUGAGGGAUGGGAGCUCAUAGAACCUACCCUUCGUGAAUUACAAGGAAAAAUGAGAGAAGCUGAGAAUGAUCCACACGAUGGGAAGAGAAAAUGUGAGACACUAUGGCCUAUUUUCAAAAUUGCACACCAAAAAAGUCGUUACAUAUUUGACCUUUAUCAUCGAAGGAGAGAAAUUUCAAAGGAAUUGUUUGAAUUUUGCUUGGAUCAAGGAUAUGCUGAUCGUAAUAUCAUUGCCAAGUGGAAAAAGCCAGGAUAUGAACGACUUUGUUGUUUAAGAUGCAUUCAGCCACGUGAUCAUAACUUCCAAACAACAUGUGUUUGUAGAGUCCCAAAGCAUCUUAGAGAGGAAAAGGUUAUAGAAUGUGUGCAUUGUGGCUGCAAAGGUUGUGCAAGUGGAGAUUAACAACUUAUCUUUCAUCAAGUAUUACUUAUGCUUAGUUGCUCACAUAUUGUAUUAUGCUUGAAUUUAUUUCAACUUUAUCACUUAUGAUGAUGUUAAGAAGGUGAUUAACCUUUUUGCUAUAAAAAUGGUUGUCAUGUAUGCUAAA